AUGGCUUCCCAAUCUAGUCCGCUGAAUUCGCCUGGCACUGAGAAUAACGACGAUGAUCUUAGUGCGGUGCCAGAUCCUGCGCACGGAGAUGAAGGGGCCGACAUUCACGAUGAGAUGCUAGACGAUCAUGCCGCAUCGCAAUUGCCACAUAGCAAACAGGCUAUCCCCAUGCAGAAAAGAAGAAGGGUAACGCGAGCAUGCGAUGAAUGCCGCCGGAAAAAAAUUAAAUGCGACGGGAAACAGCCAUGUACUCAUUGUACAGUGUAUAGCUACGACUGUACUUAUGACCAGCCGUCAAAUCGCCGCCGCAAUCCCACCCCACAGCACAUUGAAGCUUUAGAGUCAAGGCUGCAUAGAGCGGAAGCUCUUCUUCGAAUCUUAGCCCCGGAUUUGAAUAUUAAUGACCCCAGUCUAGACACCGCUAGCUCGCAGGAGAUAGCCGCAAUAUACCGCCAGCAAUCCCAGCUAGGAAUAUCACCCCCUAAACCGACAUCUACUAAUGCCCCUUCGCAAGAGCCUAGCAGUAGCGAAUGCGCAGAUGAGUCCCUUCUACAGACGAUGAUGGAAAAUUCAGGCUCUCUGGAUCUUGACGAUCAAGGCCAUUGGGACUACCAUGGCCAUUCAUCCGGCGUCAUAUUCAUGCAGCGCCUUCGAAAGCAACUCGGCAAUUUUGUCACCCCACCCCGUGCCUUGUCCAAACCAAGAUCGAUAUCACAAAUUCUGGAGACUCCCAAAUCGCAGUCUGAAUCUCCCCAAGAUUCAAGUCAUAAUUCAAACCUUCCUCCAACCCAUGAUCUACCACCGAGGAGCGUUGCAGAUAAACUUUGUCGAAACUCAUUCGACCAUGCGUGUGUGUUAAUGCGAUGUCUUCACGAACCUUCUUUUUCUGCGAUGGUAGAUCGUAUCUAUGCCAGCUCUUGGGACCAAUUUACCAACGAAGAGCACACCUUUCUGCCUCUGUUAUAUGUUGUGAUGGCUGUUGGAUGUCUCUUUUCAGACGACGUCGAGAGCACGCUAGAUGUAGCAGGCUAUGAAGGUGCAAUCGGGCAAGGUUUUCAAUACUUUAGAGCAUGUCGGCAGCUACUGGACAUCACAGACUGCCGCGACUUAACCACAUUACAGGCUAUCUGUUUCAUGAUUCUGUUCCUUCAGUCGUCUGCAAAGCUGAGCACCUGCUAUUCAUAUGUUGGCAUUGCAUUACGAGCGUCUCUCCGAUUAGGCCUCCAUCGAACGGUUGCCGCUAAUUUUAAUCCAGUCGAACGUGAACUCCGUAAGCGGAUCUUCUGGGUUGUUCGGAAAAUGGACGUCUACGUUAGUACUCUUUUGGGACUGCCACAAAUGGUGAGCAUUGAAGAUAUCGAUCAAGAAUACCCAUUGGAGAUCGAUGAUGAAUAUAUAAGCGCUGCUGGUAUUAUUCCCAUGCCAUCUGAUACAACAUCUUUGAUGGCCGGCGCCAACGCACACACCCGCUUAGUAGACAUCAUCGUCAAGGUGGUCAAAUAUAUCUACCCUGUGAAGCCCGCCAAAUAUCGCACAAAGUCUGACCACACGUACAUGGUCAGUCAUUCUAAGAUUAGAGAGAUUGAAAGAGACCUGCAGGCAUGGAUGGAAGCUUUGCCGUCUGCACUACGACCUGGCGAUGAAGUGUCUACUGAAUUAGAACGGAUGCGACAAUUGCUCCGAAUCAGCUACGCAUAUGUUCAAAUGAUUAUGUACCGCCCGUUUUUGCAUUAUGUCUCGAAUGGCUUCCAAUCACAAGGUAUCGACAAACGGUCUUAUGCUUGUGCUGCGGCCUGCGUCAGCGUCUCCAGGAAUGUCGUUCAUAUCACAGCAGGGAUGUACAAAAGAGGCCUCCUCAAUGGUUCUUACUGGUUUACCAUGUACACGACAUAUUUUGCUAUUCUGUCAUUGGUUUUCUUUGUUCUUGAAAAUCCGGACUUGCCCACAGCUAAAGAUAGUGUCCUCAAAGAUGCUCUGGAGGGUAAAAACACCUUGGCAGGAUUGGCAAAGAAGAGUAUGGCCGCUGAUAGAUGCGCCCAAAGUCUCAAUUCACUUUUCAAACAGCUUCCCGAGAAGUUGAAGACUCGCCAAAGCUCAACAGCUAAUCCGGUGAACUUGAAACGUCCAACGCCAUCAAGCAUAGCCUCUACGCCUAGAACACAAGGGAAACGUCCGUCAUCCAUGCAUUUACCGCUUGGGGCACCACAGCGGUCGAACUCCUUCCCAUUACAAUUAAAUGCUGGGCAAUCAAAAACACCACCGGAAUCCAACAGCAGUCCUUCGAGUGUCGAUGACAAUCGCUUAUUCGACCGAUCUCAAACAUGGCAUACCAACGGGACUCCUCUGAAAGUCGAAACUUUUGCAUCUCCGUCUCCUGUGUUGCCGAACAACCCAACUCCGACGCUUUCCAGCCAUUCACAGUCUCACAGCCGGCAGCCGUCGUUGCAAUCACAAGGGCUUGACAGCAGUCAAAAUUUACCGGAUCUUAUGCCAAUUAUGUUUCCAUCUAAUGAUCCGUUUGCAUAUCCCACACAGCCUCUGUCCACUCUUGAGGAUAGGCAUUUCAAGGACGAACUGUCAUCAGCAUCGUACCUUAGAGAUCCAGUUCUUCAAAACUCUUCGGCUUUAUCCAGUAACAACGCGUUUUCAAAUGUUACUUCUGGCUUUGACGGCUACCCUGGUAUAUACGGACUACCUGCCGCAGCUUCUGCGAGGCUGCCUUCCACACUUCCUUCUCAGUUUCAACAUCUGGGUUUACAGUCUCAAGUGCAAUCUCCUAGUCCUCACUCUUCAACACCCGAAAAAAUCCAAAGCCCUGAUUUGGUUUCUCUUCCUCACCAGUUUAUGUGGCAAGGUUUUGGGUUUCCCAACCAGAGUGCUGCUCCAAAUACGACUCAGCAACCAAUGUCGGGAUCACAAGAUGUGCAAACAGACGCAGCAGUCGGCAACGAGUUUACUUGUAUGGGUAUGGGCCUCGAUAUGGACGUUAACCUUGAUGAUGUCUUUGGUAACAUGGGGACAAAUAUGGUAAGUAAUCAGGCCAUGAACGACGAUUGGAGUCAGUGGAUGAAUAGUGGAUCUUGA